GCCAUAAUGACUCUCAGACUUUGAUGGCCGGUAUGAGCACGCACUGUCCAUACCGGCACAUACAUCCCGCGACAUGGCGUCUCCCCGCCAUUCGACUCCCACGUCAACCCGCCACAGGCUCGAGGACUAGCCAAUUUCUUUCCACUACUGGUCCGAACCCGACACAUCCCCAACAACGACGAGGCUACAGCAGUGAAGCUACCUUCCGACCCUGGAGAGGUUGGAAGAAAGAUGGGUCACAUGGCAAACCCACUGAGUUUCAGGAUGAACCGGAACAACAAAGGCCUUUCCGAUUGCCUCGACCGCUUAAACGCGAACCCAAUCCUUUUGCUGGCGCGGAGAUAGAGAAUCUACAAAAUUUGGCAACUGAUGUCCAAAAGCUCGCCGAAGCCGCUCGCGACGAACCUCAAUCCUCAAAGCCUCCACCCACGAACCUCACCUUUCAUGCUACCAAAUCGCCGUUGGUCCGCAGAUACACGGCAAAGCUUACCAAGAGACGUCCUAGUGCGCUAGAACAGGUCAACCUGAGAAACAACCCAUGGGCGCAAAUGUUGAUUUCCCCUGUGAGACCGUGCACACACAGCUCUUCUCGCCUGCCGGGAGCCCUCUUGACCGAUUUCAAUCUUGUCAAGGCCCCCAACAAUGACAUAUAUCUGAUGCCCGAAAAGCUUGCCGACUUGGAUGAACUCGAGCGUGAGAUGGGCAACCGACUCGGCAAGUCUCAGCCCCAAGCCAACCCAUCGCAGCUAUCAAGCAAUAAACAGAUAGCCCUCGCAAAGCACUCAUCUCAGAAGGAUCCCGUUGUCCCAAGCUCGCCUGAAGACCCUCCUCUACGUCAUCUCAUGCCCACUCUUCGCAUGUUGACAAAUAUCAACUUCAUGCGCUUUGUCACUUAUACGCUUGGAGAAAAGUAUCCAAAGAAGCCAAAUACCGCCGGACCUUCAUUAUCGUAUAAAGCACUACGCCUCUUCUCCCCUAGCUCGCGUGGGAAACUGAAUGCAGCACUUCACUACGAACGAAAUCAAGUCGAGUUUGGCCUCGCUACUGGAACCAUACACGAAGCGCCUCGCAGAGAGGAUAUGUUUGACGUUAGUCAGCUAGAGUGGCAACCCGAUAUGCCUCAACGUUUGACGAGGAUCAUUCAACAGCGGGUUUUGGUGGCUCUGUCAAACUUGGCAGGUAAAAUGAAUACAAAGGAGCCCAAACUAUGGGCUCGAGCCUUGAAAGCAAUGCCAAUACCUCGAAAGACCGGACAUUUUGAGUUUGGUGAAUUUGGCAUCAUCGAACUCCCAAAAGACGACUUGGACCAGGUGCACGUUGAUUUUGAAAAGGCCGGAAUUGCAGUCGAGCAUGGUACAGACCAAGAGCAUGAUCCAAACCAAACUUCAAAACCCGCUGAGUCUCCGAGCGAGGAUCUCGACGAGGACGAAUACUCCCAGGAAUGUGAUGUGACCAUGCCCAAGAGGUGGCUCGCGGGCAGCAUAUUUGUCCAUGUGGGGAAAUCAGACAUUGAACAGCUGCUUCCCGCGGCUUCUACGCACGCGAAUGCACGACCGUUCCCAUCCUACUUACAGAAUUCGCUGAUUCCACCGAUGAUCCCGAUUGAGGACAAGUACCGCCUUCCAGUCUUUUCCCUGCAUCGACUUCUGAAUCCUGAGGGAGACAACUCACCGGACGAUUUGCCAGAUUCAACAAAGCAGGACCUCGAAAGGCUCGCCCAAAUCAUUAAUUCCUGCCGAGCAAUGCACCUUCGAGGGCCAGCCUCGAGUGCCAGGGUGGUUUAUUCGCCACUAAGUGGUUCACCGCCAGUAGAUGACGUGUAUCAAGAUUACCUGAUCCUUGUCAAGGCCAAAUUCAACCAGAACCUGGGCUUGAUCACUGAAAUUUGGAGACUGUGGAGAUAUCUUGCUGGGAGGAACAUGGGAGCACUACCAAAAAGCGACAAGAACGAUGGAUGACGAGCUGCCAGAGUUAGCGGGCGUAUUGCGUGCUCUUGUCCAUAUUGAUUAGAGUCCAUGCCACCUGAUGAGUAUAAUAUCGUGUAGCAAUAUGGGAACGGGUACACAGGUGUACCUCACUACCUUGUAUAAUCAAUAGCUUGAUAGUUGAUGAGCGAGACAUUAGCGCUUGGGAUAAUCAAUAC